AUGGCUUCGAUGAAGGAAUGUCCGUUCGAUGCGCGAGCGACGGAGGAGAACGUGCGAGCGUACGGCUCGUACCUAGGCGUGAUCGCAGCGCCACCUGUCGACCCGCAAUAUCAACAAUUCGUCGCAUCAGUUAACGAGUAUUUAGAGUCUCCGCCGUUCAGCUAUCCCAACCCGCUGCGAGUGAUUGGAAGGAACAAACACAUUCAGAUGCCGGGGACGAAGGGGGAAUGGAGGACUUGGGAUAAGCUGCAGGGGUUGGAGACUUUCUACAAGGAGCACAUUCAUGAGUACGACGAGAUUCGAUAUGUGCAAGACGGGAGUGGCUAUUUCGACAUACGGGACAAGAAUGAUCAGUGGAUACGGGUGGAGGUAACCAAGGGUGACAUGCUUAUAGAGCCUGCAGGCCUCUACCACCGAUUCAGCAUGGAUUCAAAGGACUACAUAAAGGCAGGUCGUUUUUUCACCGGAGUGCCUGUGUGGACGCCACUCUAUAGACCUGAAGCAGAAACGCACCCUACACGUGUGGCCUACCUGAAAUCUCAGCAGAAGCAAGCAUAAUUCAUUUUGUUGUUCGUACACUUUGAUAGAUCACCGACGGAAGGGUCUAUAGAAAAUUUUUUUAUUCAUUUCGUUUUAAUAGGUAGGGAAAUCUCUCCGGAAACGUGCAUUUAUUUUGUUCAAAAUGGCGUAGGCGUUCGUAUGCGACA